AUGAGUCUUCCUCAAAGCCAGUUCGAUGGCCAUAAUAGGCGCAAACCUUCAAUGUCUGAAGCGUUUGUUAGUUCCUUUAAAGAAUCUGGUGGGUUUGAAUUCGGUGGUAGAAGUUAUAUAUCUGCUUCGUUAAAUCGUCAAAGUAUCUCUGCUGCCAGUCAUUCGCCUCAAGUGUUCUCCGGUUACGAUGUUCAUCAAGAAUCUGCCAAUUUGGCUCGCAUAGGUCUUACGGAUCCCGACAGCGAAGGAGCGUAUGAUACAGUUCUGGAUAAAGAUACUCCAGAUGUGGCUGAAGUAAAUGAAGAUGAUGGUGACGAUUCUUCAACUUAUUUGGGAUCUUCUCCUCCAAUAGCAAUCAUGGGUUCAGGUAAUAAUGAACUGCUGCUGUCUGUUAUGAGGAAAGCAUCUAGAAAGAACUCACCUAGUAGUGGCAAACAGUACAUUCGGUACACUGAUGACACCGAUAUCAAUAAACGGCCCUCUCAAGUAGAUGAGGAAUCGGCUAUUGACACUUCUACGACUCCCUUGUUAACUGUGGCUGAUGGUAGAUAUUUAGCACCUCCAAUUCAUGAACCAAUGGCGGCCUCGGGUGGUGGUUCUAUUGGUAUUCUUGGUAAAGCCAUGAAACCUUUGAAAUAUAUCCCUGCGGUAUUCCUAGGAACUUUACUUAAUAUCUUAGAUGGGUUGUCUUAUGGUAUGAUCAUGUUCCCAAUAAGUGAAGCUGUGUUUUCAGGUUUAGCUCCAGUUGGACUUUCAAUGUUUUAUCUCUCAACUAUUGUGUCUCAAUUGGUUUAUUCCUUGGGGUUAUCAGCAUUUAAUUCCGCCAUUGGGUCUGAAAUGAUUGAAGUCACACCUUUUUUCCAUACUAUGGCCUUAUCUAUUGCUGCUGAUUUCAAUUAUCAGAAUAAAGAAGGCAUUUUAGCUACUACCAUUGUGGCAUAUGCUCUUUCAUCAAUAGUUACAGGUUUGACGUUCUUCCUUUUGGGUAAAUUGAAAUUGGGAGUCCUUGUGGGUUUUUUCCCUCGUCAUAUCUUGGUAGGCUGUAUUGGUGGUGUGGGGUAUUUCCUUAUAGCCACUGGGGUGGAAGUAAGUUCUCGUUUAGAAGGAGGAUUACAGUAUAAUUUGCCCACAUUGCAAUAUCUUUUCCAAAAUGCAAUCAUCAUAUCUGAAUGGACUAUUCCUUUAAUCUUGACUAUUAUUUUGGUGGUUUUACAACAUCGAAUUAGUAACUCACUUUUGGUCCCACUUUAUUUCAUUGCUGUGUUCGUCUUAGCUCAUUUGAUCAUCAUUAUAGUUCCCUCUUGGUCUCUUGAAUCUGCUAGAGACUUGGGUUUCGUGUUCCCAGCAGUGGAAAGUGGUCUUCCAUGGUACGCAUUCUAUGAACUCUACAAAUUCGGUAGUGUUGAUUGGUGGAGUAUAUUUAAACAAAUCCCAACUAUGCUUGCAUUAACUUUUUUUGGUGUUUUACAUGUCCCUAUCAACGUUCCAGCCUUAGCAGUGACUGUGGGUAUGGACCAAUUUGAUGUGGAUCGUGAAUUGGUGGCCCAUGGGUACUCCAAUGUCUUGUCAGGUUUAAUGGGUUCAAUUCAAAAUUAUUUGGUGUACACCAACUCAGUGCUUUUCAUUCGUGCUGGUGCUGACGAUAGCAUUGCUGGUGUCAUGUUAGCCAUUGCAACUGGUCUUGUCAUGGUAGCUGGUCCUGUGGUGAUAGGAUACAUUCCAGUUUGUGUGGUGGGGUCAUUGAUCUAUUUAUUAGGUUAUGAAUUACUCAAAGAGUCCCUUUGGGAUACUCGUGGUAGAUUGAAGAAAAUCGAAUAUACUACAGUGGUGAUCAUUGUUGUGACCAUGGGUGCAUUAGACUUUGUGUUGGGGAUUAUUGUGGGUAUCCUUUUGGCAUGUCUUUCAUUUGUUGUUGAAGCUGCUAGGACUCCAGUUGUCAGUGGGAUUUAUCGUGGUUCCGUGGUUCGUUCAACGGUUUUAAGACACGUGAAACAACAAGAUUUCUUAAAGGAUGUUGGAGAUCAAAUAUGUAUUAUUAAAUUACAAGGAACCAUUUUCUUUGGCUCAAUUGGUGGAGUCGAAGAUACCAUUCGGAAGAAAUUCGAAGAUCAAAGUUUCCAAAGACACCCUAUUAAAUAUCUUAUAGUUGAUAUGAAGAAUGUCCAAAGUAUUGAUUUCUCUGCUGCAGAAGGGUUUAGAAGAAUCAUGAACUUACUUAAUGAGUUUAAUACUCAAUUGAUAUUCUCAUCUGUAUUUGAAGAUGAUGAUAUUAUUGUUGCUUUACGAGAUGCUGGGCUAUGGGACGGAGAUAAUGAUAUUAAAUUGUUUAAUUCCUUGAACUAUGCAUUGGAAUGGUGUGAAAAUGCAUUUUUACAAACCUAUAAAUCAGUUCAAAGUAUUAGAAGAAUUCCUGUGGGUGGUGGUGGUAGAUCAUCAUCAAUGUCAAGACAUAAUAGUCAUUCUUCUAAUUCUCCAUCUUCCGGUAUCAAUGUAGGAGUCUCAAGUUCAAGCUCUGGACUUCCAGCAUUCAACAGUAACACUGGUUCACCAUCUUCAGGUCCACAAGCAGCCAGAAAUCUUCAGAAUGCAUUUACAGUGGGUACUCCGAGAACCAAUCAAGUUUUCCAGGCAGCUGCUAGAACCGUUAGAGAUGAACAAAAGAUUCAUAAUCGAUAUUUACCCAGUGGGAAUGCAAUUACUCCAGAUAAUUCCUUCAAAAAGCAACCAUUACCACUUUUAAUGAUUAUUUUCCUGGGGGUUAGUAAGAGAGAUGAAGAGUUUUGGUCAAGAGCCACCAAAUUCUUUGUGAAGGAGAAAGUCCCCGUUGAUCUUGAAUUUUAUAAUACUGCAAGAGAUUCACCAGCUAUUUUCUUAGUUGAAAGUGGAUUUAUUCGUCAAGUAGUUGAAUUUGAAAAUAGUGAAGGGAACACGAUUCAUAGUUCUAUCUUACCCAUGACUGCAUUUGGAAAUUUGUUCCCUGACAGUGAACAUAUGAAUGUUUCUUAUACUACAGUCCAAGAUUCGGUUGUAUGGAAGUUAUCACUGGAAAGAUUAACGGAACUUAUUAAGGUCCCUGGUGGAGCCGAAUUAUUCCAAGAGUUGUGUCUUAUUCAAAACCAUAUUCUAAGUGAACGCUUUGAUGCCUUGUCGUCCAAUAUUCUUAUCACGGGAUAA